UUCCCCAGCCGCGCAGCACCCACGCCCACACAGAGAGAGCGCGGCAGGGGCGUGGGCGCGAGGAUGAGCGGGCGUGGCGGGCGUGGUGGUGCCGUGCGUGUGGUGGUGAUGGUAGUGGUGAUUGUGGUGUUGUCUGGCAUCACUGUCUUCACUCGUCCUUACAGCGAACACCUCCUGCAGUCCCUGGAUGGCCCGCUGCCCGCUGAUCACCCGGAGCUGCUGCAGUACCUUCGGCGGGAGGUGCUGGUGGCGCCCUCCCGCGGCCCCUACAACCUGCUGGGGAAGGACAACUCGGCGCUCCUGAAGGUGGAGGAGAGUGAGGUGUUCUACAACGAGACACUACGAAGACUGCUGGGGGACAAGCGCGGCGGGUUCUUCGUGGAGGCCGGGGCGCUGGACGGGGAGAGCAUGUCCAACACCCUCUGGCUGGAGCGGGAGCGGGGCUGGACGGGACUGCUGGUGGAGGCUGACCCCCCCUCCUUCCUCGCCCUGUUGGAUAAGCGGCGGCGGGCGUGGGCGGCGAACGUGUGUCUGGCGCCGCACCCCUACCCGGAGAAGAUGCUGUUCAGCCAGUCGUCACACGCCCCGGGGCCGAUGAGCAAACCACUGGGCUUCAAGAUGCGCGCCAUGAACGGGCUCGCGCAGUUCGCCGGCGAGAGGACGUUCGGAGACUCGUGGUUCCGGCGCGUGCAGUGCGUGGCCCUGGAGUCGCUGCUGGCGGCGGUGGGCGUGGCGGCGGUGGACCUGCUGGUGCUGGACGUGGAGGGCGCCGAGCAGGCCAUCCUCGAACACCUGGACCUGGCCCGCUUCAAUGUGCAGGUCCUCUGUUUGGAGUGGAAGAAGCAGGCGGAGCAGCCGGCCUUGUUGGAGCGCCUGGCCGAGCGAGGCUUCCAGCUGGCAGCCAGACACAAGGAGGACCUGGUGCUGGUGAGGGCCGACUCAGAGUACACCGGCCGCCCGACAACCACCGCCGCCCCACAGGCUUAAGGUGUGGUGUGUGGAGGCCCUUGAAGUGUGGUCCCAGCCUGCUGUUGUAGGCGUUGUUCAUGCCCGGAUGGAGAGUCGAGUCCCGAGCAGUGGUGGGAUCCAGCUGCCUGUCUGGGAGAGGAAUAUUUGAACACUGAAAAUGCUGGAUGUCACAGGAACAGAGCACUACAUACAUUUGUUAAGCUGUGACCUCUGCCUAUUUGAACUGCAUAAAUAGGCAAUAAAUAGUUCU